AUGCCAGAACCCGCCAUUGAGCUGGAUGAACUGCAAUGGCGUGCUCCGGAGUGGACGCAAAUGUACGGCCUUCGCACGGACAAUGUUUUAGAGUACUUUGCACUGUCGCCCUUUUACGACCGGUCUUCCAACAACCAGGUGCUCAAGAUGCAAUCGUCGUACAACGAGCAGCUGCAGAACCGAGCCGACCUGCAAAAGGAACUGAAGAACAUGAAAGGACUGGAGUUUGUUCUGGCAGUCGCCCAGGAACCAGACGUAUGGAUCAUCCGUCGCCAAAUGCGCUACAGUCCGACGGAGGCCGAGAUUGUUGCGACCUAUUUUGUUGUUGGCGAGAACAUUUACCAGGCGCCCUCAAUCUACAGCGUGGUCGUCUCGAGACUGCUGUCGACGACAAAGUAUCUGAACGAAGCACUCGAUGUCGCUCGCAGUCUUCCGAGAUUCACUCCAACAGGCUACACCUAUGAGGAGAAGCCGGCGCCAGCCGAAGGCCAAGACCAGGACGAAGAAGAGCACAGCGAGGAUGAGCAGGAUGCAUUGGGAAUCGAGCAGGCCCUCAAUACCAGUCUAGCUAUGCGCAGAUAG